UGGCAACACUGAUGAAUGACAUGUUAUUUACUUUCUCCACGAAGGUUUCUAUUGACUUAAAUUGAGAAAAUUGGAUUAGAAAUGCCUCUAAUAAUAAUCUGCGGAACACCAGUAAGCGGCAAAACGACUAGAGCGAAACAAUUAAAAGAAUUCUUUGAGAAAACACACGGUAAACAAGUGGAAACCAUAUCAGAAGAAGAGGUUAUACAAAAAUUAGGUUAUAGUAAAAACGAAACGUAUUUAGACUCUCAGAAGGAGAAAAGAGUGAGAGGAUACUUGAAAUCUGAAGUAUUAAGGCUUAUUGGUAAAGAUAAUGUCGUUAUUCUUGAUGGAAGCAACUAUAUUAAAGGUUGUCGCUACGAACUUUACUGUGCGUCAAAAGCUUCAAAAUCCACACAAUGUACAGUGUACACCAUCAAAAAUCAUGAUGAAGCGUGGCAAGACAAUCAGAAGAGAAUAAGUGAAAGAGAAAUCCAAAAGUCGGAGAAUGGCAAUAGUUUGAAGCCCUACAGUGAGGAAGUUUUUGAUGCUUUGACAAGACUUAGGUUUGAGGAACCCAACAGUAACAACCGGUGGGACAGUCCCCUUUUCGCAGUGCAGCCAACAGACGAUCUUGAUCUCGAUGCUAUGUACAGGGUUUUGUUUGAAAAGAAACCACCACCACCCAAUAUGAGUACGCAAAAUCCACCGUUAACAUCUACAAACUUCCUAUAUGAAUUAGACAAAGUAACGCAAGCAGUAUCUAAACAAAUCAUUGACGGGAAACAGCUAAAUCUUUCAGAAAUAAAAUUCCCCGACUACCCAAACUGUGUUCUGGAAGCAAACGCAGUGAAUUUGGUAAAUCAACAAAAGUUACUACGA